UCUGUGUUCCAGCAGAGGCCUUGUGGAACCACAGGCUGUGCUGGAUCUCAGAAUGUGUCUGAUGCCUGGAGCCAGGACCUUCUUCCUUUGUCAUUCCUGUUCUCUCACAUUGCCAGGCUUCUGUUGGAUGCUGCGGCCCUGCCAUGUAUCCAAGUGCUGUGCCACGACCAGAGGGAUAUUUGGCCAGCGCUUGGAAGAGACGGUCCAAUAUGAAAAGAAAUAUGGACAGCACCUGGCUCCACUGUUGGUGGAGCAAUGUGUGGACUUUAUCCGGAAGCAUGGCCUCAUGGAGGAAGGACUCUUCCGCAUGCCUGGGCAAGCUAAUCUGGUGAAAGAGCUCCAGGACUCCUUUGACUCUGGAGAAAAGCCCUUGUUUGACAGCCACACUGACGUUCACACAGUUGCAUCCCUGUUGAAACUUUAUCUCCGAGAACUUCCAGAGCCAGUCAUUCCUUUCACCCGAUAUGAAGACUUUCUUUCCUGUGGGCAACUGCUUUCCAAGGACAGAGGGGAGGGGACUUUGGAAUUGGCAAAACAUGUGAAAAAUCUUCCGCAAGCCAACUACAACCUUCUCAAGUACAUCUGCAAUUUCCUUGAUGAAGUUCAGUCUCACUCCAGCCAUAACAAGAUGAGCGUCCAGAAUCUUGCCACUGUGUUUGGUCCAAAUAUUCUUCGGUCACAAGUAGAAGACCCGGUAACUAUAAUGGAAAGUAAUUCCCUGGUUCAGCACUUGAUGACUGCUUUGAUAAGUGAGCAUGGGCAGAUUUUUGCCGACUCUCUCACGAAGGGCUCAGACAAUCAACUGGAAGCUCACUGCCGGUGUCCACAUGGUGUCAUGGACUGGAUCUCAAAGGACGGCAGGUCAGAAAACAAGCUAGAAAGCAGUAUUGUCAGCCCUAUUAACUUCCCUCCAGAGGCACCAUCUCCUGCAACUGCCGCUGUCAUUCAGGAAGGACACGGCAAAAGGACUUGUGACCGCUCUGCGGCCAACCCCAGCAAGGGAGGGCAGAUGUUUCCCACUUGGAAAUACUCCUUUCAGCCACAGGAUGCUGAAUCACUCAGGCACAAAAUGGGUGGCACUCUGUUGAACAGCCCAAGCUUGCCUUCAAGUGGGAACUGGCUAAUGAAUGGAUUGUACUCCCUUCAUGGACACUAUAGGCCAUCCUCCGGAGGGCUGCUCAAAGACUCAAGAUCAUCCCAAAGACUUUCUAUCUAUGACAAUGUCCCCAUUUCCACUCCCUCUUUCAGUACUCACAUUAACACUAAUAAUGUCACACGGUCAACGUCUUCUUGUGAAAUCUCAGCUACCAUUGAUUCAAUCAGUAGCUGUGCUGCCCACCGGGCAACAGACUCCUCAACUUUCAGCUCUCUUCCAAUGGAGUGGGUGACCUAUAACUCCUUGCUGCACAGUGAAAGCUCCCAAGGGGACAGCAUGGAGAGGCCAGAAGAACCCAGCAGCAGCAACAGUGACCAAAACAGCCUGGCAAUUGCUCCCAAAGGUGCAGCUGAUUGCUCUGGAGACCUCCAGAGUCUCAUCGCUGAGCUGAAAGCAAAGCUGAGCAAACAAAGGGCUGAGUACGAGUCUACCCUCAAAAGAACAGAGAAAACAAGCACAGAACUGAGGAUGAAGGUGGCAAGAUUAGAAGAGGAGCUGGAUCAAGAAAAGAAGAAAUAUAUGCUGCUGGAGAUCAAGCUGAGGAACUCUGAGCGGGCACGGAAAGAUGCAGAUAGAAGAAACUAUCUCUUGCAAGAAGAGAUGGAAACCUUCUUCACAACAUUAGGGAAUUUAACUUUAGAAGGAGCAUUGGCUAACAUCCCAAAAUAAGAUAAGGUGAAAGCAGAUUCCUCGUUCUCUGCUCUCCAUUUUAUUUCAGCAACAGAACUGGCCCAUUUCUCUCUGUUUUGUCCCACUUAAACUUGUAUAUCAGGCCUAGUAUUGCAAUGACACAAAAACGUUUGCUAUAAAUUACUGGUUUACAGGCAUUAACAAUAUUACAGCUAAAGACAGGUUUAAGAUUGGGUUAGGAAGUAGUGAAGCAUGUCAUAAUGAAAGCAAUAUACUGUGCAACAAUUUCAAUGUGUGAUCCUGCAGUCUAGUGUCAUGAUUCCUACUACUGACAAAGCAUUCAUUCUAAUCAAUUGAUUAAAUCUGGAUGUAUUUGCAACAUAUAUAUUUAUAAUGAAAAAUGAGGUCUCCUUUUAGAUGUUUUCUAGAUAAAUUAGAGAAUUGGAACAUUAAACAAUGCAAACAAUAGGAAGACACAAGAUUACACC